UCGAUGGUUUUUUUCCUCCAUCGAUAGUUCACUGCAUGGCUAGACACAAAACCACGCUACACAGAUUUCUAAAAUAGGUGUAACUUUGUUGGCGGUUCCUCAAAAAUUAUGGAUAAGUUUGUGAUUUCAUCAAAUAAAAGUGCAUCAUCAGCUGCCUCAACAUCUUCAGCUGCCUCAUCGAUAUUAGCUGCCUCACCAUCAACAUCUGCCUCGUCGUCCGCUGUGGUUCCGCAUCCAGACGAGUUGCCUUGCAAGCGAAAAAAAUGCAGCUCUCAGGUAUGGGACUACUUUGAAAAAUGUAAAAGUAGAGCUUCAGCCAAAAGUGAAGUCUACUGUCGGAUGCGAAAUAAUCACAUUUUUAUCUAGUCGAAUUAACUCACGACUUUCUAUAUAUGAGUCCAGAUUAAUUCCACGCUUGGCAACAAUGCUCGACCCUCGUUUUAAAAAAGAAGGUUUUAGGAGUCAGCAUAACGCCCAGCAAGCGGCAAUCGCACUCGAAAAUGAAAUCACCUACUUAAACAAAAAUUUGGAAAAUCGAUCUCCAAACGAGGAACCGCCAACAUAUGCUGAAAAGGACAAUCUUUUCAAAUUUGUGACCAAGAAAAUAGCUGAAAAACAAAAGACGACCAGAUUGGAUUCUAUUGUUACAAUGAGGCAAUACUUGGAGCAAAACAACGCAACCCAAGACGUUGACCCAUUGGACUACUGGAAGAUUAAUGAAAUACAAUUUGGCCAACUGGCCAAAUGUGCCAAGAAAAUAUUGUGCAUUCCAGGUAGUUCAGUGGAGUCUGAGCGGGUUUUUAGUAAGGCUGGAGAAAUCGUCAGCCAAAAAAGAAGCCGUCUAAAGCCAAAAGCUGUGAAUAUGCUUCUAGCCUUGAAGCAGAACCAAUGGAUUUUGGAAUAAAUCUCGAAUAUUUUUGUUUUUUUAA